AUGCAGAGAGAAGAUGAUGUCGACAAUGAAUAUGGCGACGACUACGACGUCCCGCUUCAUCAUAAGAGGCCCUUUGGCGCAGGCAUCCAGCGCAAGCCCAUCCAGUUCGUGAAAGCCACUGACCCAACACUCCAUACCACCUCACCAGAGAAAACCACAAAAUCCGGUUCAUCUAUAGGCGACUUCUAUCUUAACCUGGUCCUCCCGGGCGAGAAGGGGUCUACAGAAGCACUGAUCCUAGAGGCGAGAGUAUGCGCCGUCUGCGACUUGCCACUCGAAAAAGAAGCCGUAGAAGAACUCAGUAAAGGGGACAGCGGAAGGAAGGACGCCACUGCUAGACAGAAACACGAGGCGUCCAUCGCCCAUCAAGUGUGCCUCACUCAUUCGCAUCCCCCAUCUGCCCUAGACCGGUCACGGAUGGGUUUGACGUACCUAACAUCGCACGGCUGGGACCCUGAUUCCCGGAAAGGCCUUGGUUCAACUGGUCAAGGAAUGCAGUAUCCCCUCAAGACAAAGCCAAAAGAAAACAACUUUGGCUUGGGACUGGAGGUCCCAAAGGAGCUGAAGGGCAGAGUUGAAAAAAAGAAGCCCCAAAAGUUGGAUGCGAAACAGUGUCGGAAGAAGGCUGAAGAUGACAAGAAGAAGGCUGAGAGGUUGCGACAGAUGUUUUAUGGCAGCGAAGACAUGGAUAGAUAUCUCGGAACCGGUUGA